ACUCAAUAUAAACUUCUGAUCGACUCUCUUUCUUCUCAUCCUCUAUAGUGAACUUGCUUCUAUAUUACUUCAAAACUCAAUGGACACAGAACUGCUCUAUGAUAUGUCUCCCUACGCAAGGAUCUACAAGGAUGGCCGAGUGGAGAGACUUCUGGGCACGGAAACUGUCCCUCCGUCACUUGACGAGAAAACCGGCGUCCAAUCGAAAGAUGUUGCCAUUUCACCGGACUCUGCCGUCUCCGUGAGACUUUACAUCCCAAAAGCUGCGACCGAUUCUCUACAAAAGCUCCCUGUGCUUGUAUACUUUCACGGAGGAGGCUUCAUAAUUGAAUCGGCACAGUCGCCGACUUACCACAACUAUCUCAAUGCCCUAGUCGCGGAGGCCAACAUCAUCGCCAUCUCCGUCGAUUAUAGAAGGGCACCGGAGCAUCCGCUUCCAGCAGCUUAUGAUGAUUCGUGGACUACCCUCAAAUGGGUGGCCUCUCAUUCUACCAGAAAUGGCCCGGAGGACUGGCUGAAUUCUCAUGCCAAUCUCAAGAAGGUGUUUAUGGCUGGAGAUAGCGCGGGGGCCAACAUAAUUAACAACAUGGGCAUCCGAUUGGGAGAGGAAAAGCUAAAUGGAAUCGAAUUUCGAGGCGGUAUUAUGGUGCAUCCUUAUUUCUGGGGCGACGAACCAUUGCCUUUGGAGACCACCGAGCCCAAGAAGAGGUCCCUGAUCAGGGACUUAUGGCGCGCGGCGAGCCCGACGACCCCGGGGUGUGAUGACCCGCUAAUGAACCCGGCAACCGACCCGAGGCUCUCGAGUUUCAAUGUCAAUAGGGUCCUGAUUUGUGUUGCUGAAAAGGAUAUAUUUAGACAGAGGGGUUGGUAUUACAAGGAAGUGUUGAGUGAGAGUGGAUGGAGUGGAGUUGUGGAAGUGAUGGAAGCACCGGGGGAGGAUCAUAUUUUUCAUUUGUCCAAUCCUAGCUGUGAUAAUGCUGCGAAGAUGAUGAAGAAAUUGGUUACCUUCGUGAAUGAGGAUAAAUAGGGUCUGAGAUAUUAUUGUUAAUUAGUAGCUUAUUUGUGCGUAGCUUCAUCUGUAUCCGGGGCUAAUUCUUGUUCCGAGCGGGAUAUUUUUCUUAUAUGCUCCGUAAAUUUUGAA